AUGUCUAGUAACAGAUCUGCUUUGAAAGACGUUGUCACCCGUGAAUACACCGUUAACUUACACAAAAGAAGAGCUCCAACCGCUGUCAAAGAAAUUAAAAAAUUCGCUCAAAAACAAUUAGGUACCAAAGAAGUCAGAUUAGACCCAAGAUUAAACCAAGAAAUCUGGAAAAGAGGUAUCAAAGGUGUUCCAUUCAGAUUACGUGUUAGAAUCUCAAGAAAACGUAAUGAAGAAGAAGAUGCUGAAGAAAAAUUAUUUUCAUAUGUUGAACCAGUUAUCGUUGCUUCUGCUAAAGGUUUACAAACCGUUGUUGUUGAAGAAGAUGAAGCUUAA